UAUCUCACCACUGCUUCCAGACAUCAUGGUUAGAGGCUGACGAUCACCUUGUAUGAGCUAAGAUACUCUUUCCACAGACUCCGUGUUCCUACUCGAUGUUUUACGCCUUCCGUGUCAGAAGAGGACUGAUCUACAGACUGCCUCGUCCACGAUACACGUACGUCAUUGGGGGCAUCAGGCACAGCCAUGAUAGGCAUCGGCUAUUGAAUCCUUCAAGUCCAACAUAAUAAUCAUACGCCGACAAUGCGGGGAAUCAAGCAUUGAGAACCCAAGAUGUGUUGCGGCUUGUGCUUGCAGCUGCAACAGGGUGGUCAUUGGAGGAAAAACUGCCGGCUAAGAGAACGACUGGAGUUCGUACUCGGGACGAGAUCAACCGAGUGACUGCAGGGUCAUCACACGCAGAUACACAAAUACGCAGAUGCGUGCGAUGUUUCGUCGGGACGAAAAUGCUGUUGUCUACAGUGUGCCUCUUAUCGCCAAUCUACAAUCUUCGCUAUGAACGCCUCUCUAUAUCUGUUACUCGCCUUGUGCAAUCUUCUCCAAUUGGGGAGCUGGGCAAUCGCUGCUACGGUGUACAAUGUGACCAGUACAGUUUCGCUGGCCCCUGCCUCGUCACCUCGCCCUGAGAAGCCUGUGCAUGAUGCUGACUACCACUCCUUCUCCAUUGAAUUCUGCUAUAUUGUGGACUACGCUGGGAAUGAUACACACCCCAACCUCUUCUCGCGCCAGGUCAUCCAGAACCUCAAAGACAUUGCCGGCAAGGCCCCCAUCUUCCGGGUGGGCGGGAGUACGCAGAACUCGGCGGUCUACUAUCCCGACCAGACAGAGGCGUUGAUAGAUCCGUUUGAUUCAAUUGCCUCCAGCCAGCCGCGUCACUCGUACUUUGGCCCGGCGUUUCUGCAGUCCUUCCGGCAAUUUCCCGCUGGGUCUCAGUAUAUCUUUGGUCUGAACUUCUUUAAUGCUGAGAACGAAACUCUGUUUGAGGUGGGGAAUGGAUUGGCGCAGUGUGUUCUCGAGGCUCAUGCUGCCUAUCAUGCCAUCGGGGAUGCUCUUUACGGAUUUGAGAUUGGAAAUGAGGUUGACUCAUGGGCCGGAGGCCAACGACGACCAGCGAACUGGACAGUUCAAGACUAUGUCAAUCAGUGGAACGAGUAUGCGUCGGCCAUCAGCGAGAACCUCACCCAACACGACGCAGAACAGCUGUUUCAGGGAUGUGCUUUUGAAGCUCCGCGCCAUGUUACAGCAGCAACGGAUUGGAACGUGGAGAAUGCCGAAGCGGAUGGGAUGCGCGUGAACAAGGCGAAGAGCGUGGCUGACCAUGAGUAUAUGGGUGCCGCCUGUGACUACAGCGGGGUAGGCCCCACGAUCGCGACCACGAUCUUUGACCGUACGAAUGUGCUGUCGCGGGUGUGGUAUCACGACUAUCUGGGCAACGUCACCACGGCGUCAGGCAUCCCUUACGUCUUGGGUGAGACCAACUCGAUCUCGUGUCAGGGCGCGCGAGGGAUCUCGGACGUAAUGGCGGCGGCGGUCUGGGCAGUCGAUUACGUGCUGUACCUGUCGUCGCUACGGGUGGAACGUGUGCAUUUCCACAUGGGGACGCGGUACCCCUACGCCAGCUGGCUGCCUGUGACCUUCAACGAGACGGCGCCCACCGUGUUCCCCAUUUACUAUGCCGCCCUGUUCAAUGCUCACGUCUUCUCAGGCGGCAACAAGCAAACUGAGGUGCUUGUCAACACCACCGACUUUGGUGCGUACGCCGUCUACAGCCAGGGAAAGCUGGAGUCCCUCGUUGCCGUCAGCUUGUCAGUGUGGAAUUCCACCUUCACUGCAACCGAGCGCCCUUACACGGCCCUCGAGCUGCCGGCGACCGGCUGGGAAAAUGCCAAGGUGAUGAGAUUGACCAACCCGGGAGUAGACGUGGCCGCGAACAUCACGCUGGCGGGCCAGUCUGUGAAUGCACAGGGGAAGAUCGUUGGCACCGCGGUGUAUGAGAAGGUGCAACAGAGGAAAGUCUGGGUGGGAGCCGGAGAAGCUGUGUUGAUUCAGCGGGGAUGAAGCGGUAUUUCUUGGUCGAUGAAGAGGAUGAAAAAUUCUGUUGAAUUGAAGUUGUCCAGAUUUUCUGAGGAGAGGGACCCUCGCAAGUGUAAGCAUUGGAUUGCUGGUCGAAGCUGUAGGUAGAGACUUCUGUAGGACUCGGAGGGAUUAAUUAGUGACCAUACAUGAGGAAACUUGAACAAUCGAACCACCCACACGUAUUUACC